AUGCAAAUGGCGGACAUCACAAACAAAAGUUUACUGAUGUGACGGAAAUAAUAUGUAAGCAUUUGAAAAUCAAAGACUUGGAAACAGUUAUAUUCUUACAGAAUAAAAGGAUGCGAUUACAGUGGUUUCCAUGGUAACUGUAAGACAUGUCCUCAUAUGAUGAUCUACUCAGACAGGUAGAAUCACUGCGUCAGGUCAACUCAAGUCUGCAACGUGAGAUCCAGGACAACAAUGCACAGUUGUCAAGGCUGCAGGAAAAUUCCGCCCAUCUAGCUCAAUACACAACUGGCCCCGCCCCUCAGGUUGUGAGAUCUCAGACGAAUGCUGCCUCGGCUAGUAGACCGACAAACAUCCACUCCCCUCCAGUUUCCAGAGCUCAGCAAGGUUUACCCCAGUCAGACAGGCAGGUAGGGAGUCCACCUUUGCCACGUCCACAACAGAACUCCGCCCACAGUGCUAAUAGGCAGUCAGAUAACCACACCUUCCCUGCAAGAGCCCAGGAUAAUGCUGUCAAUCAUUUAUCACGACUUCAAGAUACGACCCCUUCAAAAUCUAGUUCUGGUAGACAGGUAAAUGAUACACAGAGUAUGGAGUCAAGCCAGGGUGAAGAUUUUAGUUUCAAUGAAGACCUCAUGGAAGGGGAGCACAUGGCUACACUAGAUGAUGGGACAGACUUGGCAGAUUGCCAGACAACACAAUUAGACACUGUAAGCAAUGACGAGGAAUUAGGUCAAGGUCAAAAAGGUCAGCAAGGUCAAGUUGAAAACUCACAGAGCACAGAAUCCAAGUAUGAUAGAAACAGCGAUCAGGAAAUUCUACAGCGACUUCAACAGCUUGAUCAUGAACGGACAAGUCAAGUACAGUAUAUAGAAUCAGAGGAGAAGAACAGGAAGUGGUAUUAUGACCAGAUUGAGAUGAUUUCACGAAAAAUACGCUCACUUCCUGUCACUGAUGGGCAUCCAGGUCGGCAACCAGGGUUUACACGCAAACAUUUAGAACUUGAGAUAGCUCGAUUACGGGAAACGAUGCAUGAAAGCUUCGGUACAAAUGAGCAGAUAGUACAUCGUCGUGACAGUCGUGUACAUCGUAUACGUCAGAUUGAGGCGGAGAUGAUCUCAUUACAACAACAAAGGCAACAGAUGUUACAGGGUGGUGAUGGUCAAGGUCGUUUGAGACAUGAGUCAUCUUCUGACUCCGCCCACUCUGGUUCACCUGUUGACCUUGACACUGACCAAGUUACCAUGGCAACACAGACGGACGACAGUCCCGGUGAACCACAGCAGGACAAGGUGGGGUUUGGACAUGGUAUUCCAGGGUCCAUAUACCAUGGCACCUGGCCUAUAGGAAAAGAUGACAAUAUUCAAGCUUCCAUUAGUCACCAUGGUGACCUGUCCAGUGUGAUGAGUUUUAAUUCAACCAAUACCAGUAGUUCUCAUGGAUCUGGUUCUGGGUUGAAAGGUCAAGGACACUCGGCAGCCGGAGGUCAUGGUCAGCCAAGGUCAUCACAAGGUCAGCAACAACAGCAGCAGCAACAGCUACACUCACAGCCAAUCCCCCUCACCCCUCAGAUACCCCCUCAGCAACUGGGUACUAAGGUGGAGAUGGUGUAUGGAUUGUUGUCUAUGUUAGGUACCCAUGACAAAGAUGAUAUGUCUCGUACAUUACUGGCAAUGUCUAGUUCACAGGACAGUUGUAUUGCCAUGAGACAGUCAGGUUGUCUGCCACUGCUGAUACAAUUACUACAUGGUUCAGAUAAAGAAUCUGCGUUGCUUGGUAACACACGUGGUAGUAAAGCUGCUCGCGCCAGGGCGUCAGCUGCCUUGCACAACAUUGUGCACUCUCAUCCGGAUGACAAGAGAGGCAGGCGCGAGGCCCGGGUAUUGAGAUUGCUUGAACAGAUUCGGGCUCACUGUGACCAGCUGAGAGAAAACACCUCUGAUGAGGAAGAUGAAGGCGUUAAUCAUGUACAUCAAGGUAUAACCAUGGACCACCAUCCUGGACCAGCCAUAGCUACACUGAUGAAGUUAUCAUUUGAUGAAGAACACAGACAUGCUAUAUGUACACUUGGAGGACUGCACGCUAUUGCGGAGCUCCUCCAAGUUGAUAACGACGUAAAUCGUGACACAGAUGACCAGUAUAAUAUCACCAUGAGAAGAUACGCCUGUAUGGCGCUGACAAACCUCACGUUCGGGGACGGAACAAAUAAAUCACUGCUGUGUUCACUUAAAGACAGUAUGGAAGCUUUAGUCUUGCAGUUAUUUAGUACUAACGAGGAAUUAUGCCAGGUGGCCGCGAGUGUUUUAAGAAACUUAUCAUGGAAAGCCGACCUUGCUAGUAAAAAGACGUUGAGAGAAGUCGGUGCAGUGACGACGUUAAUGCAAGCAUCAAUGAGAGUUCAGAAAGAAACGACACUGAAGAGUAUUCUUAGUGCAUUAUGGAAUUUAUCGGCUCAUUGUAGCGAGAAUAAAGCAGAUAUAUGUGCUGUGGAUAGGGCUUUAGAGUUUUUGAUAAGCUCUUUGACUUAUAAAAGCCCUUCAAAGACUACUUCAAUUAUCGAGAAUGGAGGAGGUAUUUUACGGAAUGUAUCUAGUCAUAUAGCUGUUAGGGAAGAUUAUCGCCAAAUACUACGCGUUCAUGGCUGUUUGCAAAUUCUGUUGAAACAUUUAAGGUCUCCGAGUUUAACUAUAGUUAGUAACGCUUGUGGAACUUUGUGGAAUUUAUCUGCACGUUGCGCUGAAGAUCAGCAGGCUUUGGACAUGGGUGCUGUGGGCAUGUUACGAAAUCUCGUGCACUCAAAACAUAAAAUGAUAUCUAUGGGAAGUAGUGCAGCAUUAAAGAAUCUUCUAGCUGCUCGACCAGCCAUGAAAAAUAUUGAAAUGAAUAAGCAAGCAAAUGGAAAUCGUCCAUCAUUACAUGUCAGAAAACAGCGUGCCCUAGAAUCAGAGAUCGACCAAAAUUUAUCAGAGACUUGUGAAAAUGUAGAGAGUCCGAGGGACAGUCCAGUUGAAUCAAAGAAACAAGAAUCCGGUCAUUUUAUGUAUCCAGUCUAUCCAUUAUUAGAUGGUGAACGGCAGCGACAAAUGUUAAGGGGGCCAAUUAUUCCAAGAAGCCAAAGUGGGGACCAUGCUCUAUAUGAAAAUCAACUAAAAACUCAACCAGGUGUAGCAAGGUCUGGAAGUCAAGACAGUGUGGGAAGCACACACUCUGACAUUUCUCACGAUAGAGCAAGGCAUACCUCUGGAGGGAAAGCUGGUGCCCGUACUCAUCCAAACAUGGGUGGUAGCUUAGACAGACAUAAGGAAGGGUUACAAGUUGGUCAGAGAGUCUUAUUCGAGGGUAGAACAGAACGCAAUCCACUUGGUGCUCCGAACAGUAGAAUUUUGCAAGUCAUGCAGGAAGUUGCACUGCAUGCUGGUAUCGAUGGUCAACCACCAGAUAAUGACUCUGCAGUUUUCAAAACUCCACUUCCUGUCUCCAUUGUAAGGUCCCAGAAUCAUGCAUCAUUACAGCAACAUCAACAACAACAGCAACAACAACAACAUCAUUUUCAGUCUCAGCAGCAUGCGUCAUAUCCAGCUCAUGUUCUAAGUGCUCAACAUGCAUCCGCUUACCAGAGAUACUUGGUGAACAACUUACCUCAGAAUCAGUCGGGCCAAUUUAAUGUACCAAACACAAUAUACCAAAAUCAAAGACUUCAACAGCAACAACAUCAGGAUGGUAGAAACGGAGAUGAUGAUGACGAGAAACCUUUAGAUUAUAGUAUGAAGUAUCAUGAAGGUGGUCUAGCUAACCAAAGAGAUCCAAGGCUAGGUCAGCCCCCACAUCCUCCAAUGAUGGGUAACUAUGUCGGGAACCAGCAAUUACCACCAGGUAGUGUUCAGAACCAGUUCAAUAAUUCAGGUAAAAAUAUGUUCUAUGCUGGACAAGAAGGAAAUAAACACUUGAAUAAUUACAAUAGUGCUUACGCUGAAACUGAUCUGGAUGAUCCUGAUCAGCCAACAGAUUAUAGUGCUCGAUAUGGUGCUGAAUAUAACGCUGAACAGUAUAACGAUGAAAGAAUUAAUUACGCUGCCCAGUAUGAAGAAUCAGAUCCCCAUUGUGCUGAUUGUAAACUAGAAGAAGCUCGCAGAUAUAACGAUAGUCUAGACCAGGCUAUUGAUGAUGACCAGAUUAAAACAUUCUGUACAGAGGAUACUCCUUACCUUAGCACUGCAACUUCUCUAACUGACUUAAGUACGGCUGUGAAGAUUCUGGAGGAAGCUGAACAUCAUUGUCCUGCAGAGGAGAAUGAUGAUGAAACUCAGAAUUAUAGCUCUAAAUAUGGAGAAAAAUCUGCCACAGAUCAAAGUUCUAAGUCUGAUGAGAUGAGUUUGAGAUUAAGGUCAGACCAAGGCCAAAGAUAUGAAGGGGAUAAAAGCAGCCGAUCUGGGAGCAAUAUUACUGAUAUUCAGACUGGAACAACUGUAAUAGCAAAUUAUCACUUGAAAUUUGACCGAAGAUCACAAGAGUCAAACAGUAGGGACAGUGAUGAGCCACAGGAGAGAAGCUUUCAUGACAACAAUAACGAUCUUGCUCCUUACGAUCAGCCAAAGACUUACUGCGAAGAAGGCACACCAGUUUUCUCACGUGUGAGCUCACUAAGUAGCCUACAUAGCAGUGAAGCUGCAGACAGGCAGGAUCCAAGUAAACGACCUGCUGGACCUUUAGAAAGUAUUGAUGAACAUGCUUGUGCCAAUAAUAGUAUGGUAAAAAUGCCACCCCCUCCCAUGACUCCAAACACAUUUAGACAAAAACACGAUGAGCUUAGAGAUGGUAACACUGAUAGUGCUGAAAAAGAACACAAAACUGUAACAUUUGAUGACAAAGAGCAUGUUCAGGAAACACCAAUGAUGUUCAGUAGAUGCACUUCUUUAGGUUCAUUGAGCAGUUUUGAUACACAGUCUGUUCACAGCUCUGUCUUUAGUGAAUAUAGCAGACGUGCAAGUGAAGUGGUCUCUCCAAGUGAACUCCCAGACUCACCGAGUGAAACCAUGCCACCUAGUCCAAGACGAACUAAAUCACCAGAGAGAAACCCAAAUAGAAAACCAGUUAAUCAGGAAUUAUUCCCAUCAAAUAAACAAAAUGGGAAUGACAUGUUUCCCAGGGGACAUCAGCCUCCUUUACCUCAACAGUUUACAUCUAAAGUCAAUGAUUCAGUGCAGAGAGUGAAUCCCUUGGGACAUUUUUUUGCCAUGAGCUCUAUGGAUAAAAUGUUGGACUAUGAAACUUGUUCUUCCAAAUCCGAAGCACCUGUAGUCUAUGCAGAAGAAGGUACACCUCCAGUGUUUCAGGAUAACCUUAGUGAACUCAGCUGUAUUACAAGUGAUAACUAUAACAUAAAUGAUAAGACAUUAGUAGAAACACCUAAAAGUAAAGGUAGUCAUGCAAAUAGUUCCCAUAGCAACCAGAACGAUGAGACAUUAAAAAGCAAGUCUGCAAGCAAUGGCGGUGUGCCUUUGAAAAAGAUUGAAGUAGAGAAUGGUGCUGAUACUCAAAGUAAUUCGUAUGCAAAUCCUGUAGAUAACAAUGCCAAAGCAGAUGGUGCCAAAACUGAUGCAAAUACUAAACAAGACAAAGCUAAUUCAAACAAAGCAGAUGAUAAGGAUAUGUCAUCCAACUCAGAUGUAUCUGAAGGAGAAGAUGAUUUGCUAGCUAAUAUUAUCAGCUCUGCAAUGCCAAUUAGUUCUAAGAAAAUUCGGAAAAGCUCUUCGGACAAUGUCAUUAAAAGAAAAUCAAGUGGUUCUAGUAAACCUGACAGUGGAUCAAGUUCAAGGUCAUCCAAAACUCCUGCCAAGUCAGGACAAAAUGUUGAAAGUAGUGGUAGAUCUUCAAGUGGACAAAGCUCUGCUAAGAAAAGCUUGAAACUUACUAACAAAAGCCAGGAAGUUUCACCAGAUUCUAAAUCUAAGUGUAGCAGUCAAGGAUCACAGGGAUCUUCUCCAGGAAAACAAAAAUCACACAUACCAAGACCUCUUCAACACAAGCAAGUUCAGCAAAUGUCUCAGUUGGAUUCAAGCAUUGAUUCUACGGGAUUAGAAGAAUCACCUUUUAAUACUUCAAACGCACAGUCAGUCAUUACACGAUCAGUACCAAAGUCAGAAGCACAAACAAAUAUCAACAAUCCUUUUAUUCUCCAGAAAGCCAGAAAUCUUUCAAAUUAUGAAUUUGAAGAAGAAGGCUGCAAAACAUUUGCAACUGAGGAUACUCCUUUUUCUGGAUCAAUGCAGACGUCGCCGCAAAUGAAUAGAAAGUUUGAAGAUCACCAUAGAAUACCAGACAGUUAUAACCAAGAUACAGUAAGAUCAUUUGCAACUGAAGAUACGCCAUUCAGUGGAUCUGCACCAGAAUCACCGAAAAUGGCAAGAGCUAAACAGUUUCGAGAUGAAUUUGAUACUGAAACUGACAGCAUUAAAUGUUAUAAUACAGAAGAUACACCAUUCAGCGGAUCUGCAUAUGCCUCUCCUAAAGUUGGUUCACCAAAAUCAAACAGGAAGGCUUCAGUACAAAACUCAGUACAAGAGGCAGUGACCCAAAAUCACAAUGUAUUUAGUAAGCCUGCUCCAUAUACUCAAAAGCUACCAGAUGCCAAGCAACAGCCUCUACCUCAAAACGUGGUCUCUAGUCAACAACAGAAUUCCAGGCAUCUAGCUAAUCCAGCUGUUAAUCAGGCUUUGGCCAAUCGUGGGCUUCCAUCUAUCCAUCCACAGUUCAAUCCACAGAUUUUUGGCUUUUUGAGGAAUGACUUUGAUAAUGGAGAGGAUGCCAUCAUGACUUACGCUACUGAAGGGACGCCACAGAAUUACUCAAGAACUGGCUCAUGUAGUGACUUAAGUAGUCUGAAUGCAAAUUUUGAUGAGCAUGUCAAGAUAAGUGAUAAGGUAUCCUCUGCCACAAACAAUGAAAACACUAUUCCUCCUGCUAGAGUAGAUGAUUGUCACUCGGACAACAGUUCUUCAAUUGAGGAAAGUGAAGAUCUUCUUUCUGAAUUGAUAAUGUCCGCUAUGCCUUCACCAAAACCAGGGAAGCUACGUCGAUCUAUGGAUAGGAAACCUGAAGGUGCUGAAAGUAAUCGUCCAGAUAAAAACAUAGUUAUGGAAAAGAAAAUUAAUGACUCAAACAUACCAAAACAUUUCCAGCCACAGAGGACAUCAAGUUUAACACAGGAUCAAAGGAAUGCCUGUAAUGUGCCACAAUAUCAACAUUUUUCUGAUAGUGCAGAUCAAGUGAAAACAUAUGCUAUUGAAGGUACUCCAAGCAAUCUGUCACAAGCAACAUCCCUCAGUGAUCUAACUACGGACUCAAACUACCCAGCUGAUAAACCUAAAGGUAGAAAAUCUCUUCCAUCCAGUGUGGCAAUGGACACUAGUGUAGGCACCAGUGCAAACACAAACUAUAGUCAUACUGCCACUUAUGGUACUUCAAAUGACUCUGUUUUCCUUCAGUCAGAUGGAGGGGGUGACUCCAUGAAAGUUUAUAAAACAGAAGGUACACCUCAGUCAUUCUCCUGCAAUGAUUCUCUGAGUUCAUUAAGUAUAAUGACAGACGAUAGUAAAAAUGAUAUGUCACAGCAAAUUAAAGCUCUUGCCAAUCAACUUGUCAAAGGCGAUAAUAGUCCAGCCAAACAAUUCUCAAAUAAUGCAUCACAGAACCAAGUUACAGAGAAUAUCAGUGUUGAAAAGAGACCUGAAUCUCGUUCUUCAAGUGUAAGUAAUAACUCUAUGCAGUCUGGGAAACAUUUGGAGAGACACGUGGUUGGUCAGUCAAGUGAGGAACAGUCAGUUAAAGAAGAACCAAUCUCAAAGAUUCAUUCUGUAUCCGAUGAAACAAAAAAGUAUGGUGUAGAAGGAACGCCAUUAUGCUUCUCUAGAAAUUCAUCUCUGAGCUCAAUCCAUGACUUAGAGAAUGAAAAAACUGUUGAAAACACAAACAAAGCUAAACAAAAACAUGCCAACGAAGGGCAUUCUAAACAUGCGUCUAGAGAUGAACAAGCUGGCUUUAAGGUGGAGCAUACACCAAUUUGUUUCUCUAGGAAUAGCUCACUAAGUUCCCUUAGCGUUCACUCUGAUGAGGAUGAUGAUCCUGAUGACAUGGCGCUGUUGGAGGAUUGUAUAAGUUCAGCUUUGCCACCAAGGACUAGACCAUCGCGAGAAGAAUUGAGACGUAACACACAAUCUAUUAGGGGUGAUAAAAAUCACAGUGGCAAUAGUAGAACUGGUAAUCUGGCAUAUAAAAGGAAUGCAUCUUCAGGUGAUGAACUGGAACGAUCUGGAGAACACGAUUCCAGAUACUCUAACUGGCGUCAACAACCUCACAAGUCAAGUGAUGAGAUAUUUCGUAAACCAACAAUGGACGCUAAGGGACGUCCUUGCAGGCGGUCAAGGUCACAGGAUAGUGAGAAACAUUACAAGGAUAUGUCCAAUCAUCAGUUAGCUCAGUAUGGUACAAAUGUACACAGAGGCUCGUGGGAUUCAGUAGCAAUGUAUCAAGGAACUCAAGGAAGUCAUUUACAUAACAAUGAAGCUGUGGAAAAACAGCGACAACAGUUGAUCUCUGAAACCCAGAAUAUUGUACAUCAAGUACAGAAAAUGACUAGAAGUGUGGAGAAAGGAGAUGACCAUGAAAGUGAGAAGACGGAUUCUCCCGCAUCAGAUUAUAACUUCUUCAUGACUUGCAGUGGAAACACAGAAAUAAGUGUAGAGAGUAUAAGCAAACAGUCAUUUCCAAGCAGUAUGGCUCCUGAUACAGAUGAGGAUAUUCUAAAUGACUCCCUGGUUGGUAGUUACCGCUUUGGUGCUGAUGGAGAUGAAACAGCAGGUCAAAUGAGUCAUGAUGCAACGCUGACUGAAAGAAAUAUUACUAAAGCCAUGAAUAGUUUUGAUAAUGAAUGUUUAGGUAACAGAGGUAUGAAGGUGCAAGGAAUGGAGGCAAGUAUAACAUCUGAAGACGAGAGAGCUUUAGCUGAGAAUGCCAACAUUGUAAUGUCGGAAAUGAUGAAUCGUAUGGUGCUAUCCGGUACAUCAACUGUUGACGAAGAAAAUUUCAUAGAAAAUGAGACUCUGUCUCUUGUUUCAAAUGGUUACAUGUCAGAUACUCCUUCAGAGGCUUCCAACACUUGGUCAGUGGACUCAGACUUCCCCAGUGAAAGUUCAGGAAAUAAAGCAAACAGUAAUAGUAGCAGGGGUCCAAGAAUUGUGAAACCAGGAACUCCUAUGCAGACUCAGAAAACCACAGAGCCUGAAGUUAAAGGUGUUCGAGGAAAACGAAAGCCAUUGUACAGCAGUAAAUCGGUGUCUUCUCCCUCCUCAUCUACAAAUUCCAUUGCUAAAACAAACAAGGGUAGGAUACAGUCUGGUUCCAAUAUUGGUAAAAUUUCUCCGAGGACAGUUCCUGGUUCAUCAUCUCCAACUACAUUGAACCAGUCCAAUGCUGGAAAGAAAUCUUUGAAGACGAUGCCUCAAGCUUCCAGUACGCCUGUAAAGGCCAGCCAAGGAGCACAGAAGUCUCGAGUCAGUAAACCAGGAACGCCACAAAGGUCUUCGUCACUUGACCAAAGAUCACAACACAAUGCUAGACAAACUCUAGGAAAUCGUAGCUCUUCUUCAAACAGGAGUGACUCAGUGAAUCGUAGUGAUUCUGCAAACAAAAGUGGGUCAUCAAAUAGAAGUGGCUCAUCAAAUAGGAGUGGGUCAGCAAAUAGGAGCAAUAACUCUAACAAGAGUCAGUCUUCCAAUUCACCUUCCAAAAUUCCUUCCAAAUCAAAUACUAAUACAAGGGUAACAAAAGAUCCAAAUGAGACGACUGACAAACCAAAAUCUCUGUCUAAGCAGGGAACAUUUAUUAAAGAAUCAACCAAUAGAAAUGCACCAGUGAUUUCCCCUGAUGAGAAAAAUAAGGAAAAUAUUGCAGGUGUAAGGCUGAGACAGAAGAAAAUUAGUGAAUCCUCCAGCAUCAAUCGUAAUUCCAGUGGAUCUUCAAAAUCUAAUUUUAGUAACACUUCUAAUAAUAGUAACAGUUUUUCCACAACAUCGAGUGACAGUCCACCAGAUUCAUGGAGCAAGGCAUUAAGUACUUACAGUUUCACACCUGAACAGACACCAAAAAGGAAAAAGGAUUCUAAACUGAAGAAGACAGCAACGUCUGAAGUGAAGAACACGUUGAAAGGCUCAAAAAUCCCAAGCCCUUGUAAAACAGGCUUAAACAAAUCCGGAAGUGGACAGAGUCUUCGAAGUUCCUCAAGUAGGGAUAAAGUUACUAAGUCAAGUAGUGGUGUUUCACUUGCAAGUGUUUCAAGUGGGCUCAUCAAGACAGGAUCCAACAAUAGUUUAAAGACGAAUUCUAGACCCUCCACUCCAGUGAAUAUGAGUAGGAAAGGAUCAUCUUCCAGUGAAACAGCGAAAAAUGAUAAGAAACAAAACGGUAAGAAGGGUGUGACCAGCAAAAUCUCUGGUCUUUGGAAAUCUGAGGACAAAGGUAAAAAUAAAGAUAAAAAAGCUGUAUCAAAAUUGCCUAUUGCAAAGGGGAAAGAAAAAUCAAAAGACAAUAAAAAGAAAGAUGAAGCAUCUAAGAAGAGAGGAACAUCACCAAAGGCAAAUACCAACCGAAAUACAUAUAUACUUGAUGAAUCUACCGUAGAAGGCUUAAAUAGAAGUUCAACAUAUGAUAAGUUAGAUGUAACUAAUGAAAAAAGUCAAAUUCCAACGCACGAUAAUUCCCAAAAAUCUGGCUCGCACAUGAAUAAAAGUGCAAGUGUUUCUAGUAAUGAGGGCAAGCCGACCAAACAGAUUAAGUCCAUAUUUGAUGAUAAUGAAUUAAACAAGACUUGCCGAGAUUUUUCUGCUUUUGAAAUUGGUGUAGAGUAUAAUCUGGAUGAUGCUUGGGCUUCAAAUGUGGAGAAAUCAAUAGAAGUUAUGUCUAAGAGUAUAGAAGAUAACCGGAACAAAAUAGACAGCUACUAUGAUGAUACUGUUGACACCAGUAGAAUGGACUUGACUGGAUCACCGGCUAAGAGACUCAGUAAAAGUGGAUCCAUGAGUGAGAUUGAGCUUGAGUUUGGAAGAAUUCACUCUGGGACGUGGACAAAAAAGAAGUCGCAUAAUGACUAUGCGACAUUGCCACAUGCAGAAGAUUCAAGUCGUACGUUACCGUUAGUGAAAAGAUCAGAGAGUUUGAAUUUCUCAGCAAACAUGACAGUGUCGCAUUAUGACUAUGACGAGAAUCAGGAAGUUUGGAUACGACGGGAUGAUAAGUUGAGAGCAUCAGAUAUCUCUGGUAUGUCAACCAAGAAGAAGAAAGGUUUCCGUGGUUCUUCAGGUUUCCUCAAUGCAGUGAGUAAAAUGUUUGGUGGUUCCAAAAAGUCCAACACUGAUAAGCAGAGCAAGUCUAUGAUCUUGACGGAGAAAGAUGGUAAAAAAUCUGGAGAAAAUGGUAAACAAAACAAGAAAGAAAAAGAGGCCAAGAUGAACAAAUCUGAGAUAAAAUUGAGUAAAGCCGAACAGAAGCAGUUAAAGGCUGAACUGAAAGCUCAAUCAAAAUUAAACAAAAGUGAAUUAAAAAUGAGCAAAAAGGAGGCAAAAUUGAAUAAAAGUGUUAAAUGUGAGAAGAAGAUAGAAUCAGAUGAUAAUUCUAGCCAAGUUCUUGGAUCGUCAACCUCUAGUUUAAAAAGAAGUGCUGAAUACCUCAUAGACAUUGAUAAGUCAGAUGAUGAAGAUUAUAAUGUACUUAGUUCAAAUGCUCCGAAGGUUUGCUUAUCAAAUGUGAAAUCGACUGGUCAAAAAAGUCCAGAGUUAGGUAAAUAUCAAAGAAACGAUCAAAACAGUGUUCAGAAUCAUAACUCAAAUGUGCCAUUUUCAAACAAUGUGAAAGUAAACGCUUCCAAUAAUUGUACAGUAGAUAAUUAUGAUAUUGACAGAUAUGAAAGUACAGCUGACAAGUCGCAGUUAAAUGCAUCUGCCAAAUAUUCGCCAACCCAGCAUUUAACUAAGACGGAGAUGCUGUUAGCAAGGCGGCAAGCUCAGCUGAACACGUCAUCGGAACGUAGCGAGUCUGACGAAGAAACAACGGGAAAGAAGAGAAGCAUCAUUACGACAGUUUAAUCAUUGUAAUAUAUAUGUGUGUAUAUACAAUAUUUCACCAUCUUUCAUUGUAAAUAAUCAUGUAAAACAACUGUACAUUUUUUGCCACCAUUAAUGUUGAAAGUUUUUUUUCUAUAUUCUCAGAUUUUUAUGCAUUUAUGCAAUAGUUUUUUUCUCUUUUUGAGUAAGGAAGUUGACACUUUUUAAAGGCAAAAUAAUAUUGAUAGCACUUAUAGAAAUGCUGACUAAUAGUUACUGUCACUUGAUCUGAUGAAAACUUGAAAUGAAAUACUAUAACUAUUAUUGAUUUAUUUAGAAAGAAAAUUUAGUUUGUUGUUGUUUUUGAGGUCUCAGGCAGACAAUAUAAUUAUUUGACAAACAUGAAAAUUUUCUGGAUUUUACUUUUUUUUUGAAAAAGUAAAAAUCAAAUAUAAGUGUAAGAAUAAAUUGUCAGCAAAUGGACAGUAACAAAGUUAACCUCGCACACUCUCACUUUGUGAGUAUCACACAAAAUCAUCAUUAUCAUCAUCAUUGUCAUCAUCAAAAUCAUCAUUAAUAUCAUCAUUAUCAAUACAUACAUUUUAUUGUUGUAAUUAUGUACGUACAGUUGUAUGAAAUAUCAUUUUUAUAUCAUAAUUUAUAGUGAACACUAUGUUACCUUCCAAACAGAAGUAUUUGUGGAACAUUUUUGCUUUAAUAUUUUUUAAAUUAAUAUAAGUUAGGUUGUACUUCAGUAUACUUAUUUUUAAAAUGCAAAAUCAAGAAACUUAAGAAGUCAUGUUGAAAUUUACUCAGCCAAAAUUUAUUGUAGGUUGUACUUUUUUGUUACAGAAAGUGAAUUCCACAAAAAGUUUUGUAAAAAAAAAACAAACAAAAAACCAAAUAUUUUAUUGUUCAUAGGGUAAAUAAGAAUUUUUCUUAUUACAUGUAUAGCAAUAACAUUAGUUGAUACAUCACUAUAGAGUUAAAAAAAAGAAGGCAGAAUUGAUGAUUCAAUGUGUUGUUAAAUGGUUGUGAAUUCUUUGAUCGUGAUUAACUUGGAAUGAUUUCCUGACCACCUAUUUUUUGUCAUGGUGAGUUUUCAUUUAGUGUCAUUAAUUUCUUUUAUUUCAUAAAACUGAUUGUUUGUAACGUCGUUUUUCAUUGGAUAAAGCAUGACUGAUAUUUACAUUCAUUAAAACCUUUAUAACAUGGCUGCUGUCAAUAUAUGAUGUAUAUUUCGUUUUUCCUCUAAAUAAUUUUGCUGUGUGAUGAAUAAGUUAUUAAGAUGUUAGGCAGGUUAGUUAAAUGGUUAUAUGGUUACUUAUGAAAAGGUUGUCUGCAAUUUUAUCUGGUUAUAUGGUUAGUUAUGUAACAUUGUCUGGCUAAAAUACUUUGUGUGCUCCUGAUCUUGUAAAAUCCACAUGAGUCAAAUAUAAGUUCUCAAUCACUUUUGUAAUAGCCACCAUGGCACUAUAAAUAGAAACAAAUAUUUUAAUUAAGUCCAUCUGUAAUUAUGUAUCUUGAUAAAUACAAUUUGUAUAAUUUCAUAUAAAUUCAUUUAUUAGUUCAUUCAUGUCUUAAUUUCAUGCAUUAUUGUCACAAAAUAAUGUCUUCAAUUUUAGAGAAGGUAGUUUUAGAUGGCAAUGCGUGUGUUGUUACCAUAAAAUAGGAUGAAUAGUUUAAUAUAGAAAAUAAGAAAUAUUUACAUGUUUUCAUCAGAAAUUGAAAUAUGGGUAGAGCCUGGAUGGAUUGAAAAUACAUUAAUAUUGAUAAUAAAUGUUUUAAGCACUGACAAAAAAUGUAGGAAAAUAAUUUUAUGUAUUUUUGUUAUGUUAGCCACUACAGUAUUAUCAUCCUAGUUAUUCAAAAUGUAAAUGGGAGUGAAAUGUAACAGCUGUCAUAACUUUUAGUCAAUCAUGUGUAAAAGAAAUUAAAUGUGCUAGGGAGUCAAUCAUACCAGCCAUGCUAUAUUGUAUAAUGAUAAGUAGAUUGAUUCAUCAGAAUAUUACUUAUAAUGUUAAUAUUAGCAUAAAAGGGAGUAAAAUGUAACAGCUUAAUUGGAAUAGUUAAUAUUAGCAUGAAAGGGAGUAAAAUGUAACAGCUUUAUUGGGAUAGUUAAUAUUAGCAUGAAAGGGAGUAAAAUGUUACAGUGAUUUGAUUAAUUGGAAUACUGUUAUGUUAUUAUUAGUCUGCAAGGGAGUAAAAUGUGACAGCGACCUGAUCUAUUGGAAUAUUACUUAUUAUGUUAAUAUUAGCUCCAAAUGGAGUGAAAUGUAAUAGCAGCAAUGACAUUUAUCCAAUUUUAUUUAGGAAACGAAUUUCAUUAUGAAGUUAAUGGUAUGAAUAGAAAUGAUUUUUGUAGUUGACAUUGAAGAAUGAAUUGUUUUAUAAUUUAAAUUUAUAAUACUUUAAUUACGAUCAAUUGACAUGAAAGGAUAUUUGGAGUUUUUUCACAUUAUUGGAAAUUGAAUAGUUUAAUUAACAAUAUUGAAGAAGAAGAAAAAAGAUUGUUAUAUAAGAGAAUACAAUAAUACUAAAUAGGCUUCAAUUAGACUCUGAAAAGAAGAAAUAGUUAUUAACUGAUAUUAAUUUACAAGAGGAGAAAAUGACACUUAUAUAUACUAUAGAUUAAUGAGAGUAUGAUAAACUUUUAUUUACAUUUCCAGGAGUACAGUGUACACUAUUUUUAAUUGACUUUAUCAAUUUAGCAUUAAGUUGAAUGGCCUAUACAAGUUGUAUUAUUUUACUAUUAUGAAAAGGGUGUUUAUUGCUUGGCCACAUUUACAUGUAUGUAAAAUUGAUGUAAAUAUUUCAGUAAAACUGCAUGAUUGUCUAAAUCAUGAGGCAAUGAUUGUCUAAAUCAUGAGGCAUGAUUGUCUAAAUCAUGAGGCAAGAUUGUCUAAAUCAUGAGGCAAGAUUGUCUAAAUCAUGAGGCAUGAUUGUCUAAAUCAUGAGGCAUGAUUGUCUAAAUCAUGAGGCAAGAUUGUCUAAAUCAUGAGGCAAGAUUGUCUAAAUCAUGAGGCAUGAUUGUCUAAAUCAUCAAAAACAAAAUCAUGAACAAUAUAUGUGCAAUAUUUAAAGUGUAAAUAUUAAAGAAGCUAUUUUUAGAAAGAUGUGUUUGCUGUUGUAUGGCAAGCUGUUGGCUUAAAUCAAGAUUUCUUUCUAUAGUGUAUGUACUUUAUAUAUAUAUAUUGUUAGAGUUUUUAUGCAUGUAUCAAAUGAUUUGAUUGGUUUUUUUACUGACGAAAUCAAAUUUUUGAAGAAACAUGCAAUUUGAUUGGUUUAAGUUACAAUAAGUAAUUUGAUUGGCUGAACUACUAUUUAAUGUAUGGUGAUGAAUAUAUAUCUGAUAGUAAUACAAAAUAAUCACCAAAUUUCAUCUUUAUAACAAUAAUUGAGUCUGAGCUUCAAGUUAGUUAUCUACUUGUUGCAAACUUUUAGUCCAUAUCUGUAUGAAAACUGCAUGUAAAGUGUUGAUAUCGUGUUUGAAUAUUACAUAACUUGAAAUAUAAGUGAUUGGUUGUUUACCAGGCAAGGAAAUUCAGGCUUUGUUCUUCCCUCUAGCUAUGUGACAUUUUACCAUAAGCUUCCAGUGAUUUUAAAGGCACAUUAUGCCUUAGAAACAAAUGAAUAUUUACUUAUUUAAAAAGGGAAAACAUGAGUAAUAUAAGGUUUAAAUAAUGGAUUUAUAAUAUGUUAAAUGCUUAUCACUUGAUUAAAAAUAUCGGUAAUUGUGAAAUUAUUUGUUAUAAAAAUAGCAAAAUGUAAAUAACUUGGUAGUUUGACUUCCAUACAAAAAACUAAAAUACAAAUAUGCACUUAUUGCCAAAAAUGUAGAUAAUUGGCCAUUGCUUAGCAAUUUGGAAAUUAUAAAGGUACAAUGGAAAUAAAAAGGUUUUGUGAAAUAAACAUAAAAACAUUUCUGAGGCAUAGUAGGCCUUUAAACCUUUGGCCCCAAAUUGUUUAGCCAUACAUAUUUUUAAUGUAAAGACAGUCACACAGUCAUGAAUUGUGUUGGAGCGUUGGUAUUAAUGUACAUUGUAAUGUCUGCGUUAAUUUUGAUAAUCUAUCAUAGAUUCAAAAUAAUCGAUUGCAGAUUUAAGACAUUCUUAUAUGUGGAAUAAUUGACUUUGUAAAUCUAUUUAUUUAAAACAACAAAUUUUCGUAUUGUGUAAAUUUAUUAUGUUUUUUUUUUACUAUUGACAUUGUCUUCUUUUUGCCGCCCCAAGUGAUAGGAAGGUUUCAUACACUAUUUGUUAUUAUGUUGUACAUUGUAUAUACUCAUCAUUAUGUGGUUUAAAUUUUUUUUUCUAAGAUUUGAUACAGUGUUUAUGACAUGACGUAUAUUGAACUUAAUGUUCAGUAUAUCAAUAAAAAAUCUUCUAAUACUACAA